CUGAAAGAGGAGAGCGCCCGCGGUGUCCAUGGAGAGAGGUUGAGAUGGCCGACCUCCAGCCCUAGACACCGGGGCGGCAGGACGGCGAGGAUGUCUGCUUCGUUAGUCCGGGCCACUGUCCGGGCUGUGAGCAAGAGGAAGCUGCAGCCCACCCGGGCCGCCCUCACCCUGACACCUUCAGCAGUAAACAAGAUAAAACAACUUCUUAAAGAUAAGCCUGAACAUGUUGGUGUGAAAGUUGGUGUCCGAACCAGAGGUUGUAAUGGCCUUUCCUACACUUUAGAAUAUACAAAGACAAAAGGAGACUCUGAUGAAGAAGUUAUUCAAGAUGGAGUCAGAGUGUUCAUCGAGAAGAAAGCACAGCUAACACUGUUAGGAACAGAAAUGGACUAUGUUGAAGACAAAUUAUCCAGUGAGUUUGUGUUCAAUAACCCAAACAUCAAAGGAACAUGUGGCUGUGGAGAAAGCUUUAACAUUUGACUCCUCACGACUGCUCGGGCUGUAGGCUGCCGGAGACCUGUGGAAGCUCUGGGGCUUAUUGAAGAAACCAUGUGACUGUCACGUGAUUAAGGUGUGUAAUAUAUGUCUGCCUUCCAAGGAAAAUAAAGUGAUGCAUUCGAAAAUGAA